UUUUGUUCGUUUUUCACCGACACAACGGACUAAGCACAAACAUUAUUUAUUUAUUUACAUUAAAUCAUUAUAUAUCUUAUAUAUUUUAAUAGGGUCUGAAGUUUUGUAUUAGCGGUUAGCUAGAGUAAGCUUACAGUAAAUAUCAUAAUGCUAACUAGCUAAAGUAACGCUAACUCACGCUAGCUGGCUAAAUAAAUGUAAUUAUUUGUUGAUAUAUUAAAUAUUUAUUUAGUUAAUAUCACAUUAGUUAGCACAUUGCAUGGCCUUAAAGUUCAACAAUGUCAAACACCAUUGAAGAUGGAUUUGGAGGACAUGCUGGGUUUUCAUUAACCAAGGCCGUGGAGGAUGUCAGCCAGCAUGGCUACGCUCAGACCGAGGCCCUGAAAGAGAAGCAGAGGACACUCAGCAGCAUGCAGGCCAAACUUUCAGAUGUCGAGAAGAAGGUUGAGAUGGCGGAGCAGGGGCUGAGAUCUAAAGUGAGGGAAAUCAUAACGCUGGAAGACGAGACGGAGCACAUGGAGCGGCGCGCGAAACUCCGCCGUGAUCGCUGUGCGUCCAUCAGGGAGCGAAGCGCAGAACUCCGGAUCCUCGCGAGCGAGGAGGAGGAAGCCGCUGCGGUGGCGCUGGCGAGGUUCAGCGCUUACCGGGGCAAGAUGGAGCGGCACCGGGCGGCCGCUUCGCACGCGGCGAGCCAGACGGAGGCCCGUAAAGAGCUGGAGGAGAAGAAAGAGCUGGUGCGGAUGCUGAGGCGCAAGAAAGAGGAGCUGAGGGAAGAUUUGGACGACCCGAACGGAAACGCAGUGCAGGCGGCAAAGAGGGAGAUUGACGCUUUGAAGGAGCAGAUUUGUGCAAAGAGGAAAGUCGUAGCUGAGAGGAGAGAGCAACUGCGAAAAGAGUCCGAGGGUCAUGCUCAGAUAAAGAAGGAAAUAGAGAUCCAGAACAAGCGCUACGAAGCCAUCAUUAAGCGCCUCUGCUGCCAGCUGAGCCGGGCUCAGGCCGUCCACAGGCAAAUGUCUGAGGAUAUCUGCCGCAUGAAGAGACAUCUAGCUGAGCUCCAGAGGUAGCAGCAGUCAUCGUAGGACUCAGCGGGCGGUGCUCGAUUAAUUUGGGAGAACUGUUCAGUUAAUGUUUUGAAUGUUGGCCUGUAGUUGUGUGUGUUAGGUUAAAGGCUCAUUGUCAUGACUGCAGUUGAACAACUGGGGGCAGCACUGUCCACAAAAUGAGGUUCCGUUUGUUAUUAAGUAGGUUAUUGCAAUGGCUGGUGCUGCCUAGUGUUUUGCGAGAGACAAGUCCAAAUAUAUGUGUCUCGGAUUUGUCUUUUCGGGGGGUGUUAGAAACACCAACAAGCCGUGGGAUGGGAUUGUAGGUCAGCAGUGGCGACAGGGAAACAAAAGCAAAGUGUCCACUCUUAACGGCCGACGCCGAGGUGCUUCUCCGUACGCGCUGUCCCAGCUUCCGCUUCACCGAUUUGCCUGACGGGCCGCGACGUGACAGUCGGUUAACGAGGAUGUGACCGUGUCACUUGGGCCAAAACUAAUUAAACAAUGA